ACUACAAGUGAAGCUUCACCCUCUGUGAGGAGCCAGUAAUGCUGCCCCAACGAACAGCAGCUUUAAACCCAAUCUUCACGCAAGAGGCCCAUGUGACCUAAGACCAGCCUGUGGGAGCACAGAUCUGCCACGAGGCCAAAUGAAUUCAGCUCCAGAUCGCAGGAAAGAAUGUUUGCCUCCAAAGAAGAGAGAGUUCCAGGCCCCGAAGCAGCGAGUCUCAGCCGAGGAGCCCUCCAAAGACUCCUUCAAGCAGCCCUCGCCGCAGUGGAGGAAACACACAGAACCCCAGGCCAAGGACCCGGCCCACUGCAGCAACACUUCACGUCUGACCUCGAAGUAUACCACAUAUAACCAAACUGCUCCACAGUGGCUAAUCUCACUCCCAGCAGCACAACAAGGCCCCUUCUUGUGGGGGAGCCAUUACCCCAGGACUGCUGACCCCUCUGCCACCUAUAACAGCUUCCUUCGUCCCGGAGCCCCUCCGCUGACCUCCAGGUGGAAACACGACCCAAAUCAUCAGUCAGCCCACAGAGCCCCCAGUGAGUACCAGCCUGGUUAUGGAGUCGAUCCAAGGGAGUUAUGGCCUCACCUGUCUGCAGAGAAGCAGGCCUUCAGUCCCUCACUUCCUUUGCCUUGCGCCCAACCCCGCCAGCAGCCUCCCUCCCCUAGGGAUCACCUACAUGGUCACAGGAAGCACUUGACCACUGAACCUACUAAUGGGUUUGACGGGACGGAGGUGGGACCAGGGAGUCCUUUCUCUCAGUACCACUUCAAGGGCAGAACUCCUGAGAACUACCCCAAUGGUAAGAGGAAAUGCCCUGGAGAUCAGAGAUUGUUGGUUACCACCUCUUCUAAGCACAGCAGACUGUCCGAAGCAGCAAACUCACAUUUGCCAGACUACAGAAAGGACCAACGGCUGUUCAGCCAACCCCAUUCCCCCGCCCCCACCACCGUAGAGAGUAGAAGUGCAAAGAAUGCUGCUCUAGACGAGAUGAGCCCUGUGCGCUCCACUGGAUGGGCUCAAAUCUUUUAUGGCUUGCCAUCUUUGUCCACCUAUAUGGGAAUACAGCAUCCUCCCCUCGGCUAUUCCAUUUACAGUCAACUAGAUCCUGCACAGGGCCCAGCUAUCCCCUUUUACAGCCAGCAAGGGGAAUCGGGUCUGACACUCAGGACCUCAGGGAUCCCUUCUGUUUCGAACAGGGUUGUUCCACUUGGAGCCCCUCUGACAGUGGGGGGCUCUGGUUGCGAUAGCCAGCACCUCUCUCCCGGAGUCCCUAUCGAUUAUUCGAGUCACUCUCCCGUCGGGGGUCCCUCGCACACAGUGGCUGGGACCCCUGCUUCUGCCUCCUCUCCCUCCCCCUCCCCCUCCCCAGCUCCCAAGCCCCCCUUAGUCCUACCUCACUUUGCAAAGGGUUCCCUCAUCCAGCUGUCCACAGGAGAGCUGAGGAACGUGGAGGACAUGCGCACGGAGGACUUCCUUUGUAGUGCGGACGCCAGCCCCGAGCUUCGUCUCAGCUACUGCACUGUGCAGAGGAUCAGGGAGAGCCCAGACCCUGGCUUCACUCAGCUGCAGGUCCUGCUGAGUGAUCACACUACUCAGGAAUCGCUAGAUGUUUUGCUGGAAUACCCCUUCUUUGUGCUCAAUCGGGGCUGGUCAUCCUGCUGCCCUAAGAGGACGGCUCAGAUCUAUGGGCUCCUCUGUUACCAGCUCUCAGUGGGGGACAUCUGUCUGGCACUCACCCCAGAGAGCAGCCUUUGGAGAGAGAGGAGCACAGAGCCCACCUCAGUGCCACAGGGCUGCCCCAGAGAGCCCAGGACACGGACCAAGCCUGUGGGUGCAGAGUCCACCGUCAGAGCAGCCAGCAAGCAACCCCCCAGCUCAGGAACUCCGUCCCGGACACGGAGAAGACGAUGGUCCGCUCCCGACCUCUGUGUUGUUACCAGGACUCUACCAGGUGUACCUCACACACAGAGAGACCCGGAUCAGUGGUAAGAGUUACGAAAUGCCAAAGAACUGCACAGUGUUGCACAGAGAUUCGUGACCCGAACCAAGGAAGAGUGCUUUCAGGAAACAGGGUCACAGCACUAUCUUUUAGGAAUACAAAUGGAAGAUGGUUGUUACCAAACUGAGUGUGUUGCAUCCUCAGUUGGAUUGGCUUUUGAUCAUCUGUCUCCAUUUGAGGGGUUUGCAGUAAGGUGGGAAGGAAAGUGCUCAAAAGGCCACUUGCAAAAGGCAGGCACACAUUUACCAGGAAACUCAGAACCCUUACUUUUUACUAUGCCAGGCAUUCGUAUAUAAAUAACAGCAUAAUAUUAUUGACUGUUGUAAGGAAAAGCACAUUUCAGCUGAUGUGCCAGGAUUAGAUGUUGUAACAACUCUGGGAGGACAUGAACAUGACGAGAUACUUCAGCCUGCGUUCCAGCGACACAUCAGUAAAUAUUGCAAGGCUAAACCUGCAACAUUGAUUUUUCCUAAGAGGAACACAAAUGGUUAAUGUAUGGUUGACUGUUAAAGAAUCUCAAGUUUCUGUUUAUUUUCAGCCAUUAUCGGGUUUGUAUCCUGUCUAAAAACAAGCAGUGGAAACGAUCAAAGCAAAGACAGCAGUGGCACUUUGAUGGAAUUUCAAACAGAAAGGCAGGAUAGGAUCUGACUCGAUCAACGGAAACAUCAAAGCGGCCUGGGACCCAAUUCAGCUAACUGGCUUCAGAGCAAUAGGGUUACACAUUGUUCAUUGCAUGCAUCUAAUGUACACCGAAACAUUUCCCUGCACCUUGAAAGUUAGUUGAAGAGGGUCCAGAGAUGAACCACGAAUGUAUUGUGAAUUCAGGAAUGAGGAUCUUCAAAGAGAUAAAGAUCCAAGCCUCUCUUUUCUUUUAUUUUGGUGAUUAUUGUAAAU